CGAAGUUUCUCCACCUCUAGGUGGAAUAAAUUAAUAAGUACAAAUCAGCAAAUAUGGCAUAUAACAAUGGCGGAAUGCCAGAUCAACAAUUUCUUUGGGAUGUUUUUCAAAGAGUGGACAAAGACAGAAGCGGUCAUAUAUCUGCGGAUGAGCUACAAGUGGCCCUUUCGAAUGGUACCUGGUCUGCAUUUAAUCCCGAAACGAUCCGUUUGAUGAUAGGAAUGUUUGAUCGCGAAAGUACUGGUACCGUAUCUUUCCAAGACUUCGGAGCGUUAUGGAAAUAUGUGACGGAUUGGCAAAAUUGCUUUCGAUCAUUCGAUCGUGACGGUUCGGGAAACAUAGACAAAACUGAGCUGAAAACAGCACUCACCUCAUUCGGAUAUCGUUUAUCCGACCAAUUAAUUGAGGUUUUGCUUCGCAAGUUUGAUCGCUUUGGACAUGGUACAAUUCUAUUUGAUGAUUUUAUUCAAUGUUGUAUUGUGCUAUAUACGUUAACAACUGCAUUCCGGCAGCACGACACUGAUUUGGAUGGGAUCAUAACCAUACAUUAUGAACAAUUUUUAAGCAUGGUUUUUUCUUUAAAAAUAUAGAUUCAACGAAGCAAAUAUAAAUUCAAAAAUAAAAUGUUUUGAAAUACAAGUUAAAAAUAUACUAUUAUUACUCGACUAGCAGUAUAUAUGUAUUGAAAAGAUAAAGUGACUGAUAAGAUCAAUUGUUGGCUUAUAUGGUAAAUAACUCUUAAAUGGACCCCCAACUGCUCUUUGAAAAGAUAACGUAUAACAUUACUUGUAGUUAAGAAACAAACACUUUUUAUUAAACAAUAAAAGAACAAAGCCAACCCGGGUUAAUGACA